AUGAACGUUAGUUCAAGCCCCGUAAUCCCCUUGAUUACGACACUGCUGCUGCUGCUUCUGACGACGGCUGUGACUGCGCGCAGCGAGCAGCCGGGUGCGGGGGUGGGUGGCACUAAGGAAAGUACCGACAGUGCGUGGCGUUCCGCCGACGCUCUGCACCCCAUCCAGGCUGAGAUGCGACCGUACGUGCGGGAGAUGAUUGCCCACGCCUUUGACUCCUACAUGAAGUACGCUUUCCCCAAGGACGAGCUGUGCGCCGUGAGCGGGACGGGUAAGGAUACCAUGGGCGGAUACGGCUGGACACUCAUCGAUGCUCUCGACACACUGGCGGUCUCCGGCCUCCAUGCGGAGUUCCGCCGUUAUGCGAAGUGGGUUGAAGACAAUGUGAACUUCGACAUCGACGUCUCCGUGUCUGUGUUCGAGACGGCGAUCCGAGCCAUCGGCGGCCUCCUUGCUGCCCACUUCAUGUACGAAGAGGGCGUGGUAGAAGUUGUGGCCACCGAGCACAACUACACAGGCGGGCUCGUGCGGCUGGCCGCGGACCUCGGGGACCGUAUCCUCCCAAGCUUCCACACAGCCACGGGGAUCCCUUAUGGGGCAAUCAACCUUCGUCGUGGUGUGAGCCCAACGGAGACAACCAUGACAUGUACUGCUGUUGGUGGCACAUUUCUGGUGGAGCUGACUGCAUUGUCUGCGGCCACUGGUGACGACCGAUAUGAACGUGCUGCCCGGCGUGCCUCGGAGGCGCUGUUCGCUGCCCGAGACCCCAGCACCGGCUUGAUGGGGAGUCACAUUGACAUCGAGACUGGUCGAUGGCGACUGACUGAAUCUCAUGUAGGUGGCGAGAUCGAUAGCGCGAUUGAGUACUACAUCAAGUCACACAGUAUGUCCGGAGAUAUUGGUGACUGGGAGCGCUUCGAGCGCUCUGUGCGCGCAGUCAACCGUUACGUGCGAAAAGGUGGCAUGCUGCUUGCGGUCGAAAUGGGGAGCGGUAGGCGAACACGGACCACCCAUGAAUCGCUGUCAUCUUUUUUUCCGGGCAACCUGCUUCUCGGCGGCCAUCACACAGAGGCUGUGGAAAGCAGCUGGCCGAUCCACAGCAUCUUCAAGCACCUUGGAGGUUUGCCUGAGAGCUUCUGUUUGGCCACGGGGCGUAUUGGAAGUUGGGGACGACGCUACCCACAGCGCCCGGAGCAUGUGGAGUCCCUGUACAUGCUGUACCGUGCGACUCGCGAUCCUGCGUACCUCGUGAUGGGAAGGGAGCUGGCGAUGGCAAUCAACCUGCGCAUGCGUACUCCGUAUGGGUUCUCCACAUUGAAUAAUGUGGAGUACCCGCACCGCGAUGAAUUGCACGAUGACUCGAUGGAGAGCUUCAUGCUUGCGGAGACGCUGAAAUAUCUUUACCUUCUGUUCGACGAGUGCAACACGGUGCACUUGCAGGGAAAGAUUCGUGGUGGUUUCCCGUCGUACUGCGCUGACACAUGGGACAGCGGCAGUGCAGCAAGUCAUGUGGGGUGGGUGUUCAACACUGAGGCGCACCUUUUCCCCAACACUGCUGAGUGGUGGGCGUCGACGUCUGUAGAUGACACGUUUAUGUGUGGACGGACGGAUUUGCUUUUGUGGGGUGUGGAUAUGGUUCCAGUUUUGUCUGUUUCUGAUGAUCGAUUUGGAUGUGGUGCAACAACUGUGUGUGAAGUUCAUCCUGUAGGGCUUGAACUUCAUAGACGCCGUCUGGAGGUGAUUGAUGAUCUGCUUAAGGGGUUGGACAGGGGUGCCGGCAUGACCGAUGGGAAGGAUGCCGUGCCAGAUGCUGUAACGCACGAGUACUACUGUGCCAACCAUGCUCUCAACGAUGUGGAACGGUUGUCUAGGUCUUUUUUUCGCUGA